AACGACGUAUGGUGGCGGUAACCGGUGGUAACAGCAGGCAUCACCAAGGAGACGGGAGCUGUGGUACAAGCUAGCUAGUCACACAUAGCUAGAGGCUAGUCUAUGCUAGCCGUUAAACUCGGAAGAAGACUUUAGCGGGCUUCUCGGUGGUGCAUGUUUUUGUGUGAGUAGACAUUUGUGUCAUGGCAGAGCUGCAUAUUAUAGGCCAGAUCAUUGGGGCCGGUGGUUUCCCGCAGAAUAGUCUUUUUUGCAAAUGGGGAGUUCAUACAGGGGGAGCAUGGCGUCUUCUGUCUGGGUUGAAGGAGGGUCAGACCCAAGUGGAUAUCCCCCAAACAGGAGACAUGGCGUACUGGAGUCACCCAAUAGAUCUCCACUACGCGACUAAGGGAAUUCAAGGCUGGCCAAAGCUUCACUUCCAAGUGUGGCACCAGGACUCUUUUGGGCGUUGUCAGUUGUACGGUUACGGAUACUGCCAUGUCCCUUCCAGCCCCGGACAUCACCGGAUAAGCUGUGUGACUUGGAGGCCGCUCGGUUCAUGGCAAGAGCAAUUAGCACAAAUGUUUGUCGGCGGUGGACCCCAACUCCGUAGCCCGGACCUUAUAUACAACGGAGCGGACAGAUACAGACUGCACACCGAAGCCAUGGGAACUGUGGAGCUGGAGCUCGGCAUCAUCAUGAGACACUUUGACAAGUAUGGCGUCGAAAGUUAACGCGCUGAAAUAUAAAGACUUGAGGAACUUGUGAUGGAUUUUAUGUUGUGCAGGCGGAGGUCUUAACUUUACAAGUUUUUAGUGAAGUUUUGUACUCUUUUCUACAUUGUGUUUGUGCUUUUAUAUACUUGCGAGCGCUAGAUGUGUAAAUAAAGAAAAUAUUGUCUUAACGAAGUU